AUGUCAAAGCCAAGCUUCUACUACCUGGAACCCCUCAACCAACCCCCAAGCUCAGAGAUAAACAACCUUCUCGGCCGCUUUGUCUUAGACCGAUGGAACCCCGGGGUGCAAGGCUACGAACCAGAAGAUCCGUCCAGAAUUAUCACAGAAGAAUUUCGAAGUGAAGAUCUUCACUUUGAAAAUGCCGAGAUGUGCAUCACUUCUGUUUCGCAUGCCUCCACUAAUGCGGGUGUCCGCAGGGCUCUCAUGAUAGGCGGGUCUCACACCAGCGAGGGGGAUGUGGUAUUACGCAGCGCCCGAGUGACGAAAAGAGGAAUCAGAAAUGCUCGCUCAGCUUUUGAUGCGCUUAUGGACGACAGGGACGUGGUGGAUAGUGUGAAGAGGUUAAUGCGAGAUUCCGGAAUGCACACUGUGUGGAUGAUUACAGCCAUCCUUUUUGUUGAUAAUGCGCAUAUCAAGACCAGCGUUUCAAAAACAAGCCAGUCCGACGCAAAAACCACGGUGAAAAUGCCUAUUGCAGCAACUGCGGGGAUCGGAAUGAGGGGGUUUGAGAUAGAAGCUGAUGUAUCAUCUUCGAGCCGGAAGACAUCGGGCGCUAGUAUGGAGGCCAAUAUGUCCGGCAGACACGUUUUCGCUGUACAGUAUUGGCGAUGCGAGCAUCGGCCGGUAGAUCGGCUGUUAGAUCGGUGGAGAGAGCAAAUGUCUCUUCGUGGGAGAGGUAUUCAGAAGGUUAGCACUGGACACAGGGGAUUGGGAGAUUCUGAAGAUGAGGAAGAGGAUGAAGAUGAUAAUUGGGAUGCUGAGUUGGAGGUUUAUGACCAUGAUGUGGGCGACAAAGAAUAA